GUGGGCCCGCUAGAAAAAAAUGUUCUUCCCCGGUGCACACAUAUAAACCGUCUGCAUAUCGACAACCUUCCCCCAAAAACACGCUAGGCUAAUUGUUCCCCCUCCCUGGCGUAGGGGAGAGUGGAUAGAAACUUAGAAUGAAAGAAAAGAAAAUGCAUACAACAUAACCUCAAACGCACGGAUGUGGAGGGACGCUUUUCUGCAGGCUCUGGAUUGUUUACGUUUUUGUCGUGAUUUUAUACUUUCUUUAACAAUUGUUCCAGUUUCACUACAUAAUUGCAAAAAUGAAGACAGACGAAUAUUAUAAUAUAGUAAAAACAAUUAAAGAGUUCAAGGGACUUUCAAAAGAUUGUGCUAAGCUGUUAAUUGAAAAAUAUAAAAGUGUAAACAAAUACGCGCUUCUCAGUAUUUUGGCUAUAGAAGUGCUGCAACGAAUGAAACGUGAACAUCGAUUUAUAUUUAGCGAGAAAAACGAUUAUUACAAACAGUUUAUAGAAACCAUUCGAUCUGGAAAAUCUAAAGGGAUUCUUUUGAAUCUCGCUAAAGAAAUAAAGGCUCCCCCGGCUUUGUUAGCACGUCAUAUAUUGAAACAACACUUGACUGAAAUGGGAGAAAACAAUUCACCGCCUGUCGUAAGCAAAUUACUCAAGGACACUACUCUUAUCCCAGAAAAAGAAAUAGCUUACGAAAUAUAUUUGUGCGUUUUGUAUGAUGAUCAGUACGGACCAAUUGCCGAUUCCAUCGCAUUAUCGGUCGGUCAGGAAUAUGAAGUGAAACUUCAGUGUUAUUUAAAAGAUCGAAAUAUACCAUUUCGCAAUGAGGAUCAUCUCAGAACGAGAGGAUACGAUAAAACUCCAGACGUGAAACUGGAAGUGCCGAUAGCAGUUAAUGGUCACGUUAUCAAUUGGAUUGAAUCUAAAGCUCGAUUCGGAAAUGAAGAUAUACACAGGAAGUAUAUCAAAGAGCAGUUUUUAAGUUAUUGGAAUCGUUUCGGACCUGGAUUGGUAAUUUACUGGUUCGGUUUCCUGGAUACCUUGAGCCAAUCGAGCGAAAAACGGUUCAUCAUUAUGGACCAUUUUCCGAAGGAAAUCACGUAUAUGAAUCCAAAUUCUGUAGAGGCCUUAAUAUUUUGAGGAUUUUAGAAAUUGAGAAAUUGAAAUUUUUCAUUUAUGUACUUGUACAUAUCUAGGUUUUAUUUAUGAGGUUUAAACUUUUAGUAAUAAAGUUGUUUUUAAAGAAAAAA